AUGUCCCAAUGUCCUCCGAAGAACGCAUGGCCGGAGCUUUUGGGAAAAGAUGGACACUAUGCGACUUCGGUGAUAGAAAGAGAGAAUAGGACAGUCGAUGCAGUCGUGAUUUUGGAUGGAAGUCCGGUGACUGCAGACUUCAGGUGUGACAGGGUCAGGGUUAUAGUUAAUAGUAAGAAUAUCGUCGUCCGAAUCCCUGUCUCCGGCUAG